GGGAGAGCGGAGAAGUCACCCCCGGACACCUCCAGGCAGGUGGGCACUGCUGCCUGGCCACCCCCGAGCCCUGGGUGCCACCCCCAGACUCGGAGGAGUCGCCGCCAUCGUGGGAAAUCCAUCAUGGGCAACUGUGUCCCCGUGACCCCCGGCACCCUGGAGACCCAGGGCUCCCUGGACCUGGAGGAAAUCAUGGAAGACUUCUCCUCCUUCUACGACAACACUUACACCAACGACACCUUCCUGGACUACGACGCCGCACCCUGCCACAACCGCUUCUGUCCCCUCUUCCAGCGCGUGGCCCCACCUUUCCUGGCCGCCACCUGCGCCGCGGCCGCGCUGGCCACCGGUGCCCUGCUGGUGGCCCUGGCCAAGCGUCCCCAGGCGUGGCGGUGGCCGCGGAGCCGGGCGCUGCUGGCGCAGCUGGCGCUGGGCACGGCGCUGUUCGCGGCGCUGCUGCCGGCGCUGGCCGCGGGCAUCGCCCGGGGCUGGCACCUGGGCACGGGGCCGUGUCGCCUCACGCACCUCCUGUGGCACUGGAGCCUGUUCGCCCAGGCGCUGCUGGUGGCUAGCGGCUCUUGUGGCACCGCCUGGGCUCGCUGGGACCCGCGGAGUCGCCGCCUGGCCGUGGCUCUGUGGGCAGUGGCGUUGCUCUUGGCCGCGCCGGCGGCUCUGGUCAGUGGCGUGGCGGCGGGCACCAGCUGUGUCCGGCGCAGCGUGGGCAUCCUGGCACCCGUGUACCUGCUGCACCUCACCCUGUGCCUCUGCCUGCUGCUGCUCCUGCCCUCGGGGCUGCUGCUGGCCGCGCUGGCCGUGCCACGCCUCAGGGCGAGCUGGGCGACCGGCGCCGGGUUCAUCUGGCUCUUCCUGGGGCUCUGGGUGCCCUACGGAGCGGGGCUGGCCGGGGAGUUCCUGCUGCAGGCCGGGCUGCUGGAGCCCACCUGCGGCUCCUUCGAGCACUUCGACCUCGCGCUGGGGCUGAGCGAGGGGCUGGGGGUGCUGCACUGCGGCCUCGGGCCCCUGGUGCUGCUGCUCUCCUGGCGCUGCCAGGGAAUGCUGAGCUCCAGCGGCUGCACCACGGAGCCAAACGGAGCCCCGACACUGGAUUUGGAUCCCCGGCACUGAGCCCCGGCCUCCUGGUACCCGACUGGUACCCCUGGCAACAGACUUGGACCCCUGGCUACAGACUUUGCCCCCUGAAACCAGAUCCUGGAUCCUAGGCACCAACCUUGGACACCCAGCACUGACCACUGGCCUCCCAGCACUGUGCUCUGCCCCACCUUGAACCAGCCCAGGUGCCCCACCACCAGUCCCUGUGGUGGGGACCACCACUGACCCCUGGCCUAUCCCACACCAGCCUGGGCCACCCAGCACUCACUCCUGGCCCCUGGGCACCAGCUCUAGCCCCUGGCACCACUGACCCCUGAGCCCCCAGCACGGACCUCUGGCUACCUGGCACAAGGCUUGGCCCCUUGGCACCAGCCCCUGGCUGCCCAGCACCAGCCACUGCCCUGGGCACUGAGCCUUGGCCACCCAGUACUGACCCCUGGGCCCUGACCCUGGCCCCACAGUGCCCUCCCAACCCCACACCUCUGUCCCACACCCAACACUUCCUCAGGACCCCCUGUUCUAUACCCAGCUCGGUGCCCUCCACCCUCUGUCCCCUCCCUUGGGAUCUCAGCCCCCUCUUUGCCCCAACUGCCCAAUGCAGAAAGCCCUGGGGUACCUCAGGCUG